UCUUGCUUCCAUUGAAGCCAAAAUGAAGAGCUUCUCUUCUUUCAAGAAGAAACUAAACCAAAUUUGCAGCUGUUCAUAUAUCAAGAUAGCUUGUUUUAGCAGAUCAAUUUGGGGUCUAUUGGUCCGCUGGUUUCGCUUCAUUCUGUUUCGUGUAAACCCAUUUUUUGUUCUUGUCUUUUAUUUCGUCUCUGUUUCCUUCGUUGGCUUCUUAAUUCUGAAGCUUCUGAAUCCAAAACCCAGUUCAUUUACGCCCAAUGACUUGGAUAUGUUCUUCACUUCCGUGUCGGCGACGACGAUUUCGAGCAUGUCGACCGUCGAAAUGGAAGUCUUCUCCAAUACCCAGCUGGUGGUCUUAACCAUUUUGAUGCUUGUAGGAGGGGAGGUCUUUGCUUCAAUGCUUGGGCUCCAUUUUGCCACUUUCAAGAUGGAGAAGAAUGCGGCAAUGAUCGAUAACAGAGUCGAUUCUUUGAGUAGUAAUGAGUCUGCUGAUCUGAGCCCCACGAAUCCCGUCGAUCAAAUCGAGUUGGGGUUGGUCCAGACGAGGAAACCAAGCAAAGCUGACCUGGUGUCUGAAGUGGAGUCUCUGUUCAGUGAGGAUCUGAGAUAUAAUUCAACAAGGUGUUUGAUUUCUGUCAUUCAGUGUUAUCUUCUAGUGGUUCAUGUAGCUGGAUCUGCAUUGGUUGCAGUAUAUGUAAGCCUUGUCUCAAGUGCAAGAGAUGUACUCAAGAACAAAGGACUUCAAUUUGUUACAUUCUGUGUCUUCACAACUGUCUCCACCUUUGCCAACUGCGGUUUCAUCCCCACAAACGAGAACAUGUUGAUCUUCAGGAAGAAUUAUGGACUCUUGCUACUUCUCAUCCCUCAGGCCCUUCUGGGGAAUGCAUUGUUCCCUUCUUGCUUGAGAUUUCUGAUAUGGGUGUUAGGGAGGAUUAGUAAGAGGGAUGAAUUCAAUUACAUGUUGAAGAAUUCAGAAGAGAUGAAAUACUUUCACUUGCUCCCUAGUCUGCACGCUCGUUGUCUGGUUGUCACUGUUUUCUGGUUUUUACUGCUACAAUUUGUAGUUUUCUCUUCUAUGGAAUGGAACUCAGAAAGCUUGGAUGGGUUGAAUCCUUUCCAGAAGGUGGUGGCUUCCCUGUUUCAGGCGGUGAAUUCCAGGCACACCGGUGAAUCCAUUGUCGAUCUCUCCUCCAUCUCGCCGGCCAUCUUGGUCCUUUUCGUCGUAAUGAUGUAUCUUCCUGCUUAUACUUCAUUUCUACCAAUCAAAGAUGAUCAACAGUCUUCGAGAAGCUGUAAGAAGAGGAAAAUUAGAUGGGGGAGGAUUAAUGUGGAGAAUCUAAUAUUCUCACAACUCUCCUAUUUGGCCAUAUCUAUCAUCCUAAUUUGUUUUACAGAGAGGAAAAGAAUUGAGGAGGAUCCCCUCAACUUUUCAGUGUUUAACAUUGUAAUUGAAGUUAUCAGUGCGUAUGGAAAUGUGGGGUUUACAACAGGUUACAGUUGCAAACGGCAGCUGAAGCCUGACAGCCUCUGCAAGGAUUCAUGGUAUGGAUUUGUGGGGAGAUGGAGCAACAAGGGGAAGGCUAUCCUUAUUCUGGUCAUGUUUUUUGGAAGACUUAAGAAGCUAAACAUGGAAGGAGGUAGAGCUUGGAAGCUCCUGUAACAGAAACUAACAGUAUUUUGUGAAUGUCCAAGCACAAGCUGGGACUUUUUUUUUUCCACAAGUUGGGAAUUAUUAGUAAUGUAAUACAAUGUAAAAGAGGUUGUUUA